UCCACUCCUAAGCACUGUCGAUGGAAAACCACUGCAUUGGAAUCUACGGUAGAAAAAAGUUCGCAACGCGGUAGACCUCCUGAAAUCUUAGUUGUGUUGCCUCUGUGAUUUGUUCUAACAGAUCAAAGGUUUUCGAUCAAGUCGCCUAAGGAAUCUAUUUGCAAUGAACUGGGGGUUUCUCCAGGCCCUCAUUAGUGGGGUCAACAAGUACUCUACAGCAUUUGGCCGUGUAUGGCUUUCCAUAGUUUUUGUUUUCCGAGUUUUGGUGUUUGUAGUUGCAGCUGAGAAGGUUUGGGGGGAUGAGCAGAAAGACUUCAAGUGCAACACAGCACAGCCAGGCUGCCACAAUGUCUGCUACGACCACUUCUUCCCCGUGUCUCACGUCCGGCUAUGGGCCUUACAGCUUAUCUUUGUCACUUGCCCCUCAUUCUUGGUGACGAUGCAUGUAGCAUAUCGAGAGGACCGCGAAAAAAAGCACCGCCUCAAGUACGGCGAAGGCAUCAAACAUCUCUACAAGAACACGGGCAAGAAGCGUGGAGGCCUCUGGUGGACCUACGUCCUCAGCCUCGUCUUCAAGAUGGGAGUGGACGUCACCUUCACCUACCUGGUCUACCACAUCUAUGAGGGCUACCACUUCCCGGCACUGGUCAAGUGCUCACAGACGCCAUGUCCCAACGUGGUGGACUGCUUCAUCUCUCGGCCCACGGAGAAGCUCAUCUUCACCAUCUUCAUGGUGGUCACCAGCCUGGUCUGCAUCCUGCUGUCCUUCGUUGAGACCGUCUACCUGGUGGGCAAGCGCUGUGUGGAGAUUGGCAAGCGGAUGCACAAAUCCCGGCACAUGGAAGUGACCGCCUCCAGGAUGGACAUGAGUAGCGCAGCCAUGUUGCUGGACUCCAACUCUGGCAGGCGGACUGGCAAAGACACAGGCAGUCCGGCACCAUCCUACAGUGUAGCCAUCGCCAAGACAUGACGCCUCUCACAGUCCGAGACAGAGACUCAGAUGAACACAUUGAUCAACACAGGGACAUGACUCUAGGAGCUCUAGAGUUUACAAACAUAUUUUUACUUACUUCCUUUGUGUUAAAUACCAUACCUCUACUCUUUCAUUAGCUUUUCAUUGUACUAUCUAGAUACACACUUAAGCUGAAAUUGUUCAUGGGCUAUGGCCUAGAGCAGCUAUAUCCCUCUUUACCCAACCACAUUCCUAGAUAGAUAGAUAGAUAGAUAGAUAGAUAGAUAGAUAGAUAGAUAGAUAGAUAGAUAGAUACUUUAUUGAUCCCGGGGGAAAUUCAAGGUUUCCUUCAAGAUUCCUCUGGGGCUCCUCACCAUAUGUAAACCAAGUACACACCCACCCUUUGUUACAGUCUGAAUGAAGGCAAAUACAUUCUCCUUCAUAAGGAAUCCAUAAUUUGCAGACUAAAAAACUAUAGAACCUGACCCUAAUCUUGCUGAGAUCUUGCUGUGUUUUCUGGUUUGAGACAGUUCAUUGUUAUCGUUCAGUUUGAUCACAUUUAUACUUGUAUGCCUUUUUAGCUCUAUGCACACUGCCAAACUGAAUAAAAACUCAACUGCCCUGAAUGUAUUUAUGCAUUCAAAAAACAAUGUGGUCAAACGACAAUCAAGGGCAAUGCAGUCAAACGACUUCCCACACAGCUCCAGUUAACCCUUCUGUUUAAUGUCUGAUACUGUCUGUAUCAGAAUGUUUGAAUGUUUGAUUCCAUGUUUGUGUGACCAUUUUGGAUUGUAAAUUAUUAUUUUUUUGUGAUAUUGUAUUUUGAGUUGCACAUUGUUUUAAGUUGUUCUGUUACAUUUUGGGCUUUCUAAUCCCUUUUAACGUUCCUGAGGGAAGAAAGACAACUGGUUUCCCAGCUCUUUUAACUAGUUUCACUGGCAGUACAGGAAGGGAGGUAAUAAUUCAACUGAAUGCUCUUAACUCUCUAGUUUCUCCCUCUCUUGCCCCUCUUGGACCAGAAGCAACUAGGGAAAGCCUAUAAUCUAAACAGACCAUUGCUUGUUUACAUACAUGUUUUACACUCUUGUGUCUUUUAAAACAUUUGUCAACUGUUUACCAGAUUGUGUCUCCAUUAAAUACAGUCUGAUUUUUUUCUUAA